AUGACGACCGUCCACGGGCCAGCCGCGGCGGGGAAGAGCCAGGGCUGGACGAACAGCCGCGCGCUUCACGGCCUCUACACCCCUCUCGAGUUAUCUUUUUCAGCUUCCAAGCCGGGAAAUGCAGAUGCUCCUUUUGAGACUAAUGCUAUUUUAGUGGUUUACACAAAAGUAAAUGAAGACCUUGAAGAGAUUGGCCGCACUGAAGUGAUAUUGAAUUCACUGGAACCUUUGUGGGUCACGAGAACCAUAAUAAAUUACAGAUUUGCAAUUCCGCAACUGCUCAUAUUCAGGAUAUAUGACAUUGCCAAAGAGCAUCUCAACACACCAGUGAAGAUGUUGUGUUGGGGUGAUCAAUAUUUUCUAGGGGAAGCCAUCUGCAGUUUAUCCAAGGUACUGACAAGGCCAAAUCGGAGCCUAAAAUUGAAUCUCCGAAAUGAUUCUGGAGCUCCACUACAUAGCACAUUGACUGUUCAUGCUCAAGAAAAUGUUUCGUCGAGGAUGGCAGUUGAGAUGACAUUCCACUGCCUGAACCUGUAUAACAAGGGCACUGCCCCAAAAAGUGAUCCCUUCCUGAGAAUCUCAAGGUCGUCAGAAAGUCCUAUUGCAAUUCCUCUCUGUGAAACAGAAGUGGUCAAUAACAAUUUAAAACCUGUUUGGAGGCCUAUAGUACUGACAUCACAACAGUAUGGUAGCAAGGAUACCCCACUGCUAGUUGAGUGUUUAGACUUUGAUGUCAAUGGAAAUCACAAAAUUAUUGGGACUCUCCAUACAACUGUCAGUGAGCUUGAAACACUGUAUAAAUCAAAGGCUGGAGCAGAUUUAUACAGCCAUAAGGGACAAAGGAAGCUCUUAAAAAGAAAGAAAGGAAAACUGUUCUUGGAUAAUUUCCAGGAGAAGGUAAAAUAUACUUUCUUGGACCAUAUAUCCUACGGUUAUGAGCUCAUGUUUAUGGUGGCUAUAGAUUUUACAGCAAGUAAUGGUAUUCUUGGUUCACAAUCGUCUUGGCACUACAUUGACCCCUCUGGCAGUCUAAACUUAUACCAGCAGGCAAUACAAGGGGUCGGCAAAGUUCUGCGGUCUUAUGGCAAUGGUAGCAAAAUUCAACUCACAGGAGUUGCUGAGGUAUUUGCAGCUUAUGAAUAUACUCUAAAAGUGGUUUCCCUUGCGGGGCCAACCAUGUUUGGGCCCGUGAUCAACAAGGCUGCAGAAAUUGUCAGCCAUUCUGUGGAAAACGGAAGUAAAACAUAUUCGGUCUUACUCAUUAUUACGGCUGAAGUAUUUACUGACAAGCAAGAAACAAUAGAUUCUAUUGUGAGGGCAUCAGAGUUGCCCUUGUCUAUUAUCAUUGUGGGAGUAGGAGAUGCUGAUUUCACAGAAAUGAAGAUGCUAGAGGCGGGCUACGGUAAGCGGCUGGAAAGCUCAACAGGUCAUGUCGCGAGCCGGGACAUCGUACAGUUUGCUCGCAUGAAGAAAAAUGGAGGUCAGAACGUUCUCCAAGGUCUGCUGGAUAAACUACCUGGGCAGCUCGUGGAGUACAUAUCCGGCCCCCGCCCGGUGGAUUGCAACACAUUAGACAAACUUGGGCUAGCAAUUGGAUGA